ACGCGUGCGUUCAGAAUAACGCCUAAAGGCAGGGGGAGCUGUGAGCUCCAGCAGCGCUCUGCUCCGCCUUCUUUCGCGUUCAGCUCCGCCUCGCUGAGGCCUCAUAGGCCGCUCCGCCCCGGCGUUGCGUGGCGCUGUGGCCGCGCCGGAAGCCGCGGGCGCCGGGUGCGCCGCUACUCUAGGCCGGGGCUCGGCCAUGGGCCCCGCGGGCCGCGGCGAGGCGCAGGCCGUCCUGCCCGCCCCGCAGCUGGUGGCGGCGGCUCGGGAGGCGCUGGGGGCCGGGUCCAGGCGGCGGCUGGCGGCAGCCCGCGCCCUGCAGCUGGCCGGAGAGGUGCUGGCGGUGGCGGCGGGGCUGAAGCCGGCGCUGCUGUACGACUGCGGGGCGGCGGGGCCCGCUGAGCUGCGGCGUUACGUGGAGCGGCUGCGGCAGGCCGGGCUGCGCCUGGGCCGCCUGCACCUGCUGGGCGUGGGCGGCGAGGUGCUGCUGCUGCACCCCGGCCGUGCUCGGCGACGGCUGGAGGCCGCGCUCCGUGCCCGCCCCGGGCCGUUCAUUGACGUGGCGGCGGCGCGGUCCGGUCCUGCGCUCUGCGGCCCGGCUGAGGCUGCGGCCAUCAGGGGCCACAUCGAGGCCCUCCUGGCCCACCUCGUGGCUGCGGAGGAGGCUGCCGACAGCCCCGUGUCCUGCAGCGAGGUCGCGGCCGCGGGUUGGAAUCUCUGCACCGUGUUUGGGGUGCUGCUGGGCUAUCCAGCAGCCUACACCUUCCCGGUGGAUGAGGGUGCUGAGAACUGCCUGGCGCUGACGCCACUCAGGGUGUUCGCGGCCCAGGCCUCCUGCCCCAGGAUACAGGGAGGGCUGCGGGUGCAGAUCUGCUCCUUCAGUAUCCCUGAGAGCCUCUGCAUGGAGCUGCAGGAGGUGCUGGACGCCUGGAGCAAAGAGCUGAGGGAUGACUUCUGUGCGCAGAGCGACUUCAUUGAUCUCUGCAUUUCCAGCGAGGUGGUGGUGCUGCCAGCAGUUGCCUUGUGACACACAGACAGACAAACACUGGCUUUUCACCCUGUUCCUCACAUGCCUCAGGGAGCGAGGCGGGGAACCCACUGAGGCACUUUUGGGAGGCCCUGAGCAAGAACCAGAUGGGUUUGGGCCUGACCGCUCAGGCCAGGUGUGGAUCAAGUCCAUGCACGUCCCAAGUAUGUGGAUGAACAAACAGAGCAGCUCCACAGCCUGGAUCCUGACUGUGGAGUGUGUUAUUGUGUGUAUGUAUUUGCUGUGAACGACUGAGGAUUAAUAAAAAAUGCUAACACGGCAGUAUUCUUAGUUUGUGAAGUUUGUUGUAGGCUCUGUAUUGUGUGUGUGAUGUGGUGUCACACCUCAUGUUUGUGCCCACGCUUAGCAAGGGACAAGUGCUGCCAUAAAGCCUGCACGGCUUUGACGGGUGGAAAAACCUGGCUCUGCCAAAUUAGUGUGCUGAGCAUGGAAGAGAAGCAGACAUGGCUGAGGGUGCUUGGCCAUGAGACAAGAUAAGGGUAUGGCUGAGCCUGGGCUGGGCAGGUGGUGUGAAGGGUUGGGUGGUAUGCAGACCUGGUUUUAUUGCUGGAUGUCAGUAAAGAUGGUGCAGGGUGGAAUAUUUCCCAUGCAUUGAAACAAUAAAUGAAGGGAAUUGCAUUGUUGUUUCUCUAUAUGCACGCAGCUUGGCUCCCAAAUGCACGGGAUGCACUGUU